AUGCGUUUAAUGCUUUUGUGGCUCUUAAGGAAACGUUACGAUUUGAGGAUGUGGUCGGCAUGGUUGAUAGUAAUCUACACAAUCACUUGCUUACUAGUGAUAGGAAUAAUAGCCAUUGGAGUGUGGUUCGUUCGAGUCGACAUGCAGCGAUCGAAAAUGAUAUCAGAAAAAUAUGUCGACACGAGUAAAGCGACAGAUGUUUAG